GGAGAUAAACCAUGUGUAUGUAAGCAAUGUGGGAAAGCUUUUAACAUACGUGCAAGUUAUAAGGUUCAUGAAAGAAUUCACACUGGAGAGAAACCAUAUGUAUGUAAGCAAUGUGGGAAAGCUUUUAAAACACAGGGAGAUUGUAAGAAUCAUGAAAGAAUUCACACUGGAGAGAAACCCUAUGUAUGUAAGGAAUGUGGGAAAGCUUUUACCAGACCUGGAUGUUGUAAGAAACAUGAAAGAAUUCACACUGGAGAGAAACCCUAUGUAUGUAAGCAAUGUGGGAAAGCUUUUACCAGAACUGGAUUUUGUAAGGAACAUGAAAGAAUUCACACUGGAGAGAAACCAUAUGUAUGUAAGCAAUGUGGGAAAGCUUUUAACACACAUUCAAAUUGUAAGGUUCAUGAAAGAAUUCACACUGGAGAGAAACCCUAUGUAUGUAAGCAAUGUGGGAAAGCUUUUACCAGACCUGGAUUUUGUAAGGAACAUGAAAGAAUUCACACUGGAGAGAAACCAUAUGUAUGUAAGCAAUGUGGGAAAGCUUUUAACACAUGGGGAUACUGUAAGCAACAUGAAAGAAUUCACACUGGAGAGAAACCCUAUGUAUGUAAGCAAUGUGGGAAAGCUUUUAACACACAUGCAAAUUGUAAGGUUCAUGAAAGAAUUCACACUGGAGAGAAACCCUAUGUAUGUAAGCAAUGUGGGAAAGCUUUUACCAGACCUGGAUUUUGUAAGGAACAUGAAAGAAUUCACACUGGAGAGAAACCAUAUGUAUGUAAGCAAUGUGGGAAAGCUUUUAACACACGUGCAAAUUGUAAGGUUCAU